AUAAUAUUUUAUCCGACAUUCAAACGGCUAGAUAUUAUAUUAUCUGUCCGGCGUGUUUUGUACGAGUUGUAGAGAAAAAUAGUUCAAUGAUGACUCUACACAUUUUAUUUGUUUCGCUUCUGUUUCUAUCUUCAGUUCGCCCAUUUCUACAAGAAAAUUUUUAUAAUUCAGAAAUCCCUUUUUUGAAUGGCACCGGCUGCCUGGAAUCAUCGCCCACGCAAGACCUCAAAAUCGCCUGGCUUGAAAUUACAUGGCGAUUGAUCAACUUUAAAGAAUACUACCGCAUUUGUCAAACAUUAAAGAGACCUUUUCAAAUUUUACACCAAUUUCAACUGCCAGCGGAUAAAUAUGGAAAAAGUCAUUUUGUGGACCUAAUUUUUAGAUUGGCACCUCCAGGAUUUUUUCUCUUUUGUGGCAGUUAUACACCUUGUAGUUCGGGCGAUUUUCUUCAAGACACUGUGGAAAUGGUUAUUCACGACGGACAGAGAUCAGUGGACAUGUUCGCAACGGGAUACGAAUACGAAGCAGAUUUGACCUAUUCCACUGUAAACGGGGUGAUUAAAACCAGCAUCGGGAGAGCAACCAAGUCCCCUCAAUAUGGAAUUAUAUUCAAAUUAGGUGGCGACAUUAACAGGACAGAGUUCCAAACUGUUUUGCAACCCCCAAUAACAGAAAAUUUGUUGCAAUUAUAUUUUGUUGUAAAACAGUGGAGAAAUCCUGACCCUGUUUCCAUGAUGGAAUUGGAAACAAAUUGUAACUUACAAACGCUGUAAGAAUAUGCAUAAAUAUGUACAUGCAUUAUUCAAAGACAAUAAUCGGUUUUUUGGUAAAACAUUUUACUAUACACAUAAUUAAAUGCAGCAAGAAAUAAGAAGUAAUAAAUGUCAUUCAAAUUAAUUAAGA